AGGAAGUACUAGAAAAUAUUACCCUUUAAAUGUGAGUAUAUACGAAUCUUGAGAGAAAUCGGUACCUUUUUCCUUUUUGCUUCUCUCAUAUUCUAUUAAAGCCGGUUUCUUGUCUUGGAUCCUGUCUUAAUAGAGUAAAGUAUGUCCCGCAUAUUUAGGAACAGUGGGUUGGGCUUUCCAUAAUUGCUGUUUGUUUUCCCUAAUCAUAAUAAUGACACUAAUUUGACCGACUAAAUCUUGGUCUUUUAAUUUUCAAAAUUUUUCAUUUUCGAUUUUUUAAAAACUUGGGAUUAAUCAAAAUCUGUGGUUGUGAGUUGUGAUGGUUGGUGGCCUGCUUUUGGUGGGUUUUAUUUUGGUUACAUUUGGUGGGGUUUAUUGUUUAUUGAUGGCUGCUUAAAUUAAUGGAUUGCUGAGCUGUGAGAAUAAUGAUAAUCUCUGAUGUUUCUGAGGUGAACUCAAAAUUGACAUGAUGGGAGCCCUCUGGCUUUAUUGUUUAGAGGGGGAGAAUGAAUUUGAAUUGAAUUGAGUUGAUGCCUUUAUUGGAGAAAAGGGACGAGUUUUCUUGAAGAAAAGCCUUUUACCGACUGAUGGCUCCUCCUGGGAAAACAUCUGGAUUCCAUCGUGAAGGAGAUCACUGGUACUACAGUUCAAGUUUGCAAAGUGAUAUAACAGUAGUGGUGGAUGAAGUAAAGUUCCAUCUUCACAAGUUUCCUCUUAUUUCAAGAUGUGGGAAGAUAGCAACUAUCUUUGAAGAUUAUGAAAGUUCCACUGACAUGACAUUGACAGUACCUCUUGAAGAGUUUCCAGGUGGUGCCGAAACGUUUUCCAUUGUAGUCAAAUUCUGCUAUGGCGGGAGGGUAGAUUUCACACCCAAGAACAUAGUAAUUUUGUACUGCGCUGCAGAUUAUCUUUCCAUGACUGAUGAUUAUGGUGAAGACAAUUUAUUGUCUAAAUCAGAAAGUUAUUUCCAUAAGCAUAUCCUAAAAGACUGGAAGGAUUGCAUUUUGGCUCUCCAGAGCUGUGAACUGGUUAUUCCAAGAGCGGACAAACUUCAAAUUAUAAGUAGAUGUAUCAAUGCAUUGUCUGUAAUGAUCUGUACGGAUCCCUCAUUGUUUGGAUGGCCUAUGAUGAUGUAUGGUAGCCUACAGAGUCCUGGAGGGAGCAUUCUGUGGAACGGGAUAAAUACCGGUGCAAAGAUCCAAAGUAAUGAAUCCAACUGGUGGUUUGAGGAUGUAUCAUAUCUCUGUGUCGAGUUGUUUGAGAGGCUGAUUCAGACAAUGGAAGCCAAAGGAAUAAGUCCGGAGAAUUUAGCACGCUCCAUAAUGUACUAUUGUAAAAAGUAUCUUCCAGGGUUGGGCCGAUGGCAGGGAGGACAGAGUGGUCUGUCGAGGACAGUAGCUAGUUUCAGCAUGACGCCUGCUAAUGUCAAUCAAGAUGCUCUUUUGCGAAGUGUUAUCAAACUACUGCCCGAGAAGAAGGGAAAAUCUUUUUGCCGUUUUCUGCUGGGACUUUUACGUGUUGCAUUGAUCUUGGGGGUUAACAAUACAUGCCAGGAUUCUCUGGAAAGGAGAAUAGGCAUACAGCUUGAUUUGGCAACCCUGGAUGGUCUACUGAUACCUAAUUAUUCCGAUUCCGAUACUUUAUACAACACCGAUUGUGUUGAAAGGAUGAUUCGUCAUUUUGUAUCUUCUGAGCCGAGUGCAGCUUCAAUAUCUCCGUUAUCAGCCGACCUUGACACAUCACCAUCAUCUGGGCGUUUCAAGAGAGUUGCGAAAUUGAUAGAUAAUUAUGUGGCAGAGGUUGCUUCCGAUGUAAACUUGAAACCUGGAAAAUUACGUGCACUCGCAGAAGCAUUGCCGGAAUCUUCGAGAUCUUUGCACGAUGGGCUAUACCGAGCACUGGAUAUAUACAUUAAGGCACAUCCCUGGCUUUCAGAUAAAGAGCGGGAGCAGCUCUGCAACAUUAUUGAUUUUCAGAAACUCUCGAUCGAUGCUUGCGCCCACGCAUCUCAAAACGAGAGGCUUCCACUUAGAAUCGUACUACAAGUCUUGUUCUUCGAGCAGAUGCAACUGCGGACGGCCUUAGCUGGCUGCCUAAAUGUUCUCGAUGCUGAAAGUGCCCCCACAGCUUCUCUGGCCAUUCCUAACGAAGCUGCUGGGCAAAGGGCCCAUCGAGAUGGAUGGGUAACAGUCGUUCGUGAGAACCAGGUGCUGAAAGUAGAUAUGGAACGGAUGAGGUCUAGAGUUGGUGAACUGGAAGAAGAGUUCAGUAAAAUCAAGGAAGAGAUGAAAAAGGCAACCAAGUCAAACAGUUACAUAAGCUCUCCACGCCUUGUUCCUAGAGGGACUGGAUCCAAACUACUUCCUCAGGCUUCAGUUGCCCAACAAGAUGUCGUUGAGAGUGGGACACCAACUCCAAGAGCAUCAGUCGAGCAGGCACGACCAUCCAUCAAGAACCCUAGACAUAGAAAAAGCUUCUCCCAGUUUUGAGUAUUUAGACGUCUGUAUAUCUUGAUUCAUGCUCUGACAAAGCUGGGCAAGACUACUUUUCUUGCAGCGAACGGGCAGCCAUGGGAGUAGGGGCUUGUCAAUCACAAGGUGGUAUGCUCGGUUUCUUUCUCUUGCAGUGCGUGAAGCAAAUGUUGAGAAGACGUUGUUUGUCCAUAGUUUGGAGAAGGUAAAAAAGCUUCUUUAGACAUAGCAAGACAUAGCUUUAGAUGGUGAACUGGGCUGGGGAAAAAAUUCUAGCAGAUGAGUUUUACCUUACUUUUUUUUUAUGUAACAGUGCAGUCGAUGAUAUCGAGUUUUAAACUACCUACUAGAGUUUUUUCCCCGGUUUUCACAGCAUUCACAAAAGCUGAAUGUAUAGUUUGAAUCUUAUGUGUGUGAUACAGUUACAGGUUGAAUGUAUAGUUUGAAAGCAUAGAUUUUUCAAGAAUCUUGGUUCGUUUUUUUUAAUAUAGCAUCAUUGGUACAA